AUGAAACUGAGCUCAUUUUCGCAAUUCGGUUCGAAUCCCUCCGAGGCCGAUGAUUUCCACGAUCCCGGUGGUUGCGGAGGUGUACUGCGUGAUGGAGCCUGUGUGUACAGCCCGGAACAUCCUGCAAAAGUACGCAGUGGGGAUUUAUGCGCCUGGCGAUAUUAUGCUCCAGAAGGUUCUCACGCAUACUUCAGUGUGUCCAGUUCCAUAUUGCGUGAUCCAAUCACUGUGUACGGUUACCUAAAACUGUACGACGGAAAGACAGAAAAUGAUCCGAUUAUUUCCAAUAUGGACCAUACGAUAAACGAGACGUUCGUGGCUAAAAGUGGCACACUGUUUCUGGUCUAUCACGUUGAGGAACCGGCAGAUGUGACCGGAUUUUUCGGUUGCUUCAGAGCGGAAAAUAUGUGA